AUGCCAUCGUUCUAUGGUCAAGUCGAGUUCGUUCGUGGUUUCUGGAGAAAGCAGUCGAAACAGAGAUAGCGAAAGAGAGCUAGAGAGAGUGGAGAUUCCGUUUUUCUGUGAGGAGGAAGAAGAUCUGCGUCUUGGAUAGUUCUGCCGUCUACCUUUUGGGGUAUUGUUCGGUUUUGCUGUGAGGAGGAAGAGGACCUGCGUUUUGGAUAACUCUGCGUUUUGAGCCAAGGAGAAGAUGAGGGAUUUGGGUAUAUGGUUGUGAUCGAUACUUAGUUUUUGGGAGAUUAGUUUCAGCACCAACCCAGUAUCUGACAUCUGAGAAGUUAAGCAUUGGAAAAACCAAGUUCAAGGCUUUUGAUUUGGGUGGCAUCAGAUUGCUUGCAGAUUUUGGACAGAUUUUCAUCAGCUCUGUUUCACAACUGGAAAUCACUGAGCAAGAGGAAAAAAAUCAAACAAUGGCUUCAUCUGUUCACUGUCAAAGAUAAAUGAAGCUACAGACUUGGGUCUUUGAGAAAGGAAGCCAAAGACUCUGGCUUUAGAGCAGAUUUCUCUGAAACUUGUCUUGGCCUAUAAUGGGGAGUUCUCAUUAGCAACUGGGUGUUAUACAGUUCUGGGUUUGCGGCUAGAAAUUGCAGCAAAAUUGAGAUAACUCACCAUGGCAGUGUCAACGCAGCUUCACUCACUUACCACUCUUGCUUCAUUGACUCACCGCACUAAGGUCAAGUUUAACAGCGCCUGCUGCGCAGCUCUGUUUCCCAAUGCAAAGCAAACAAGCCCAUCCACGCUUUGCAGUGCUGUGCAGAGUGCACAGUCCACUGUUUCUGAGAGAUCAAACCCACCAUUUACUUCCUUCAAUGAGUUGAUUGAGUCCUUGAUUGAUAAGGUGGAUUUGUCGGAGUCCGAAGCCAAAGCUUCAUUGGAGUUCUUGCUGAGUGAUGCUAAUGAGGCUUUGAUUAGCGCCUUUCUUGUGUUGUUGAGAGCCAAAGGAGAGACUUAUGAAGAAAUUGUGGGAUUAGCAAAGGCAAUGAUAAAGCACAGUUUGAAGAUUGAGGGCUUGGAUGACGCAGUUGACAUUGUUGGAACUGGUGGUGACGGAGCAAACACAGUAAACAUUUCAACCGGGGCUUCAAUACUUGCUGCAGCUUGUGGUGCAAAAGUUGCAAAGCAAGGUAAUCGUUCAAGUUCCUCUGCAUGUGGAAGUGCAGAUGUAUUGGAAGCUUUGGGAAUAAUAAUUGACUUGGACCCUGAGGGGGUCGCGAGAUGUGUUAAUGAAGUAGGGUUUGGUUUUAUGAUGGCACCAAAGUAUCAUCCAGCAAUGAAUGUCGUUCGUCUUGUAAGGAAAAAGCUAAAAGUAAAGACUGUAUUCAACAUUUUGGGACCUAUGUUGAAUCCAGCUAGAGUUCCUUUUGCUGUUGUUGGUGUAUACAAGGAAGAAUUAGUCCUAAAGAUGGCUAAAGCAUUACAAAGCUUUGGCAUGAAGAGAGCAUUGGUUGUUCACUCGGAGGGCUUGGACGAAAUGAGUCCCCUUGGACCUGGACAUAUCCUUAAUGUGACUCCUAAUAAGAUUGAGAAGUUCUCCUUUGAUCCAUUGGACUUUGGAAUUCCUCGAUGCACUAUAGAUGAUUUGCGAGGUGGAGAUCCAGAGUAUAACGCUGAGGCAUUAAAGCGCGUAUUAUCAGGAGAGAAAGGUUCCAUGGCAGAUGCGUUUAUCCUAAAUGCAGCAGCAGCUCUUUUAGUCAGCGGCCGUGUAAACACUUUGGCUGAAGGAGUUUCUUUGGCUCGUGAGACACAACUUUCAGGAAAAGCUAUCAAGACGCUUGAUCAAUGCGUAUCUCUCUCGAAUACAAUGAGGAAAGAUACAGUUAUUUAUUAAGGAUGCUUCAGGAACUUUUGGAUAUCAAGUUUCAAGUUUUCAAGAUGAAAGCCAUGGUAGAGCCAAUGAACUUUGAGACAAAAUUGAGAGAACAAAAUAAGGCGACUAAAUCUUAUAAUUUUGUUGUACUGUGUUUUAGAUUUUCACUUGAUAGGGCAGAUAAGGCAGUUCUGUAUCUUAGAACUCAUGUAUGUUUCAAUGAAAAUAAAAUAGUUGUGGACUUAGAGAUCUCCCUCUGUCAACUCCAAUAUCAAGUGGCUUUCUCUUUCAA